GUGGGGCGAGGCGAGCGCAGCUUGGUGCAGCGCAGGCGGGAUCCUGCUCCGGCGGCAGCCACCGCUCGCGCUCCGCGGAGAGCCAGGGGCGCCGGGGCUGGCUUCGCGGCGGUCGCGCCGCGCCUGCCGGCCCGCCGGGGAUCCGCACCGUCCGCUCGCCGCCGCCGCCGCGCCCCGUCGACCCCCGGCCGGCGGCCCCGUGCCGCACGCAGCCCCCCGAGCGGCGGGGCUCUGCGUGGCCGCGCGGAUGCCGCCGCAGCAGGAGGGCGAGGCGGGAUACAUCAGCAAGCCGGUGCUGGGCGGCUGCGAGGUGCCGCCGGUGCCACCGCGCAGGGUGCGCAGCGGACGGGCGGCGGCGGCGCUAGGGGCGGCGCUGGGCGGCCGCUGCCGGGCAGCGGGAACCGGGGCAGGGGCCGCCGCGGGGGCCGGAGCGGGGGCCGAGCCGCGGCGCAGCAUCAAGUGCGUGCUGGUGGGGGACGGCGCCGUGGGUAAAACCAGCCUGGUGGUGAGCUACACCACCAACGGGUACCCCACCGAGUACAUCCCCACCGCCUUCGACAACUUCUCCGCUGUCGUGUCUGUCGAUGGCAAGCCGGUGAGACUUCAGCUCUGCGACACAGCUGGUCAGGAUGAAUUUGACAAGCUCAGGCCUCUGUGCUACACCAACACAGACAUCUUCUUGCUGUGCUUCAGCGUGGUGAGCCCCUCAUCCUUCCAGAACGUGAGUGAGAAGUGGGUUCCCGAAAUCCGGUGCCACUGCCCCAAAGCGCCCAUUAUCCUGGUUGGAACACAGUCGGAUCUCCGGGAGGAUGUCAAAGUUCUCAUCGAGCUGGACAAGUGCAAAGAAAAGCCGGUCUCAGAGGAAGCUGCAAAGCUCUGUGCUGAGGAAAUAAAAGCUGUGUCCUACAUUGAGUGCUCUGCUUUGACUCAGAAAAACCUCAAGGAGGUCUUUGAUGCGGCCAUUGUGGCUGGUAUUCAGUACUCAGAUACUCAGCAGCAACCAAAGAAAUCCAAGUGUAGGACUCCAGACAAGAUGAAAAACCUCUCCAAAUCCUGGUGGAAAAAAUACUGCUGCUUUGUAUAGGGGUUGCAAGGAGCUGAAUGCUGCUCUGAGGAAAUCUAAUAGAGGCUAUAUUAGCUGAAAUCUCCUUCUGUGUUGUCCCGAGUGUAUAGUGUAGACCUGUAUGUAUGUGUAUAUGUUGCUAUUGGAUAUCUCCAUUGUCCUUUCGAGGGUGGCAGAAGGAUUCUUAGUUAAAUAAUUGAUAUAAAUCAGGUCUGGCAUUUGACUUUGUUUAAAACCUCUCGUUAAGGAAGAAGAGCACCACGUGUCUGUGAGGGUGGAAGGAUUUGCCCAAAGGAUUUGACUUGUGUUGUAUGGUGUGUAUGUGAUGGGGUGGAGCACACCAGUGGCCUUUGCUGCCAAGGCUUCGCAGGAGGAAUGCAUGAACAAUGGUGGAAAGGUAGAGCUCUGUACAGACAAGCAAAGGGAAAAAUAACACUGUGCCUCCUAACUGACAUUUGUAGCUUUAAAACCCCACUCCUGCUCUCUGUGUCUUCUCAAGCCAAGGCUCUUGGGGAUCUCAUUUAAAAGGGUAUGCGAGAGGUGUAAUCUAUACGCAAAUGCCACUGUUGGGAAGGUCAUGAAUAUACCUUCAGUUGCAGUGAGGGAACUUAAUCCCUUCUGGAGAUGACAUCUCAUUUGUCACCUCCUGACUUUGUGAAAAUCCUUUCUGUCCUCCUUCACCUGCCCUUCCCAGGAAGCCAAGUGGAAGCCUGAGAACAUGACCGAGUUCUAACUCGCUACCUCGAGCAGUGGCGAUUUCCUCUGUAUUUUUGCAGACAUGACGACAGUUCAUCUAUUUCAGCUGAAAGGAAUGUAAAUGCUGUUUCUUUGGGUUUUUUUUAUUGUUGUGUUUUGUUUUUUUAAGAGAUGUAACAAAUAUCUGUGCAGCACCGUGUCAACUGCAUCUGGUUUUAAGUCUACAGCCAAGAAUUUCAGGAUGCCACUCUUUACCUUUUAAGGCUGCUAAAGAAAUAACAGGUCAAGAUAUGUAACAAACUGGACUGGAGGAACUGAGACUGCUGUGUCCUUUUUGUGGUGCUGUUUUCACCCAAACUAAAGUUUCCAUUCUAAAGGCAGCAGGUGCUUGUGGUUGAAUCUUGUCCAAACUCAUAGUCAUGACAUUGGCUGAGGCCACCCUGGAAAUUUAACUGAUUUAUUAAUAAUACAGAUCAAUCCAACAGAUAACAGAAAUGUGCCUAAAAUGUAGCUGAGUGAUCAACAUAGUGCAGAGUUGAGUGUGACCUAUCCUUUGACUAGAUCUGAUUCCUACUAAACUAAGUCUAAUUCCAGCCCUGGAGAGUUUGAGACACCUGAGGAAUAGUGUGACUCUCUGCAAGUAUCAGUGUUUUAACUUAUUCUGCAGAGAGCAUUUAGCUUGUGCUCUCUGUCUGCCUUUCUGUGGCCCUGGCUACCUUGGUUUUUUUCUUCCCCAUGCUAUUUCAAAAUCAGAUUAAAUUCUUUUUUUUUUUUCCUUUGGCCAUAGCCUUGAAUUGAUCUUUUUUUAUAGUCUUAAACUGAACUGCAGUGACAGAAAGACUGAACAUUCUUUUUUCAUCAGAAAUGAAUCAAUGCCCGAUAUAAAAAAGAACUGUGGAAGCCAUUUGGGUUGAUAAAACCGACCACAAUUUACCUCCUGGCCCAUUAAAGAAAAUGAGACUAUGUAAAUGGAUCCUGGACUGUAUUGGCAUGGGCUCCACAGACAGUCAUUUUUCCUUCUGUACAGCAAAAUGAGUGCAGAAUGGGUAAUGUUCCAUCGUUGAAAACUUGAAAAUAGGAUGGAAAUCUUUAGCUAGGGCCUGAUUCAAUAAAAAUCUGUUGGCUUAUGUGCUGGAACAGCCUGGAAAAACAGUUUCCAUAGCACAGAAGCUGGAUGCAUUUAACUCUGUGGCAUCUGUUUGGUAAUGGUUUAAUGUUUACUGGUCAUGAGGUUAACAUCUAAGCCUUUAUAUUUCUUCCUCGAAUGCUUUGACAGGUUUUCAGAUACGCAGUCAUCCCUCAUCUUGAAAAACAUCAAGCCAGCUUUCUCUUGGGUACUUUGCUUCUCUGUAAAAUGGUGUCAGUUGAUGAAGAGUGUGGGUUUGGGGAGGAGACAGGUUUGAAUCUGAGCAGCUGCCAUUUGCAAAAACAGCAACAUUUCUUCUGAGAGAUCGUACUGCUUUGUAUCAUGCCGUACUGGAAGCAGGAGGUUACAUUUUAUAAGCAGCCUGUUUCGUAGUCUGGAGUAGCAUUACUUUUAAAUGUAGCCAGCUGUGACUAUUUCUGAAAAUAUGAUGUAUAUACAACUUGUUAUAGCCCUUUACUAGGUGUGUGUAAACUGAGGUCUAAUAACUUUAUGAAUACUGCUCUACACAGGGCUACACAGGGUCUAGGUUUUAAGAAUAUAACUUUUAAAAUCACUGGUAUUUUACAAACGCAAGUGAGGGGGACAAGUCUCUAUGUAGUCUAUAAUCUGAUGUGCCUUAUAAAAAGAAGAAAACCACCUCUUUUCUGUUUUUUAAGUGUAGGCUAUAUUCUGAAAGAAAUAUUUCAUGUGAGAAUGAUAUAAAAAUGAGGUAUUUGGAAAUAAA